AUGUCAGACAAGUCGCACAGUCCCGGUUCCGAUUGUCAGAACCGAGCGUACGACUUCAGCCGCGGCCACAGCGGCGCUCCGACAGUGGGCCAGGACGGGUUCCAGCUACCCACCGGCCUCCUCCCGGACCCGGCUCUGCUCUACAGCGGCCUCACGCCGGCCUCCGGCCAGACCUUCUUCCCCUUCCCAGCGGUCUCCGGCGAAUACAACCGCGACCCGGAGCUCAGCCAGCCCAAACAUUGGUACCCCUUCGCCGCGCCCGAGUACACCGGACAGGUACCCGGUGUGGCCGCGGCCGCCCAGCCCGCCAACAUCAGCCCUCCGAUCGCCGAGACCCGAGAACAGAUCAAGCUGCCGGACAUCAAGAGCGAGAAGACCACGGAGGAGGACUUCGCUGCGGAGAUGAAGGCCCAACAGUUCUCCAGCACCAUGCCCCACGGGGUCUUCUACUCCGCCCCGUGGAACCCUUCCUUCUGGCAAGGCAUCGCUCACAUCACACCACCGGCCAACAGCAACAACCAGAAUCCGUCCACCUCCUCCGCAUCCUCUCCGUCCAUGUCGCCCUCUCCACCCGGGAACGGACUUCCAGCGAGCGCCUUCUUCAGCCUCAACGCCGCGCAAGUGGGGCCCGGACCCCAAACGCACAACUCCGUUUCUUCCACGAGAAGCAGCGGCUCUUCCAGUGGAGGGUGUAGCGAUUCGGAGGAGGAGAACCUGUCCACGGAGGAGCUGGAGCAGUUUGCCAAAGAGCUGAAGCAUAAACGCAUCACCCUUGGCUUCACUCAGGCCGAUGUGGGACUCGCUCUGGGCAACCUUUACGGUAAAAUGUUCAGCCAGACGACCAUUUGUCGCUUCGAGGCGCUGCAGCUGAGCUUCAAGAACAUGUGCAAACUGAAGCCCCUUCUUCAGAGAUGGCUGAACGAGGCAGAGACGUCGGAAAAUCCCCAGGAUAUGUACAAAAUAGAGCGUGUGUUUGUGGACAGCAGAAAGAGGAAGCGACGCACCAGCCUGGAGGGAGCCGUGCGCUCUGCACUGGAGUCCUACUUUGUCAAGAGUCCCAAGCCAAACACGCAGGAGAUCAAGCAGAUCUCGGACGACCUCGGUCUGGAGAGAGAUGUGGUUCGUGUUUGGUUCUGCAACCGGCGUCAGAAAGGAAAGCGGCUGGCACUGCCACUGGAUGAAGAGUGUGAUGGUCAGUACUAUGAGCAGAGUCCCUCGCCCCUGAACAUGACCACCUCACCCAUUCCCACUCAGCCCUACCCUUCCACCAGCUACCCCGGAGCCCCUCCCCCUACCCUCUACAUGCCCUCACUACAUCGGGCUGACGUGCUGAAACAAGCCCUGCACCCGGGACUGGUGGGUCACCUGACUGGAUAGAAGGAGUUCUGCCGAGCCGCUACCUUUACUUUGGACUGCUUCCCGAAACUUCCUGCAAAGACUCUGUAGAGCUGCACCUCGUGAAUGGAAGGGAAUAAUUGGGUCUCAAAAGACUAAAUGCUGCUUUAUUGUUGCUUUUUUUGUAUAUGUUGGACAAUAGCGGAUUUCUUGCAAAUGCAGCGAAACAAUGGGAAUUGAAUUGGUGAGAUGUCUAAAGAGUUUAUCUGUAGUUGUAGAUGUUGGUCCUCACACAGUCGGUGCUCCACGCUCGACUAUUUUAAAUGUGUGCGUACUGUCUCGGAUCUACAGACAUUUGGUCUGUACAAUGUGUAAAGACUCUUCAGGCUUUGCUCAUGACUAAACUCCCAAAUCUUUUUUUACAAGUGUUUUUCAGAUGAUUUUUUUUAAAUGUAAAAUACAAUUGUCCUAUGAAUUUCUAAUCUUUGGACUGUUUAACUGGGAGAAGGUGGUACAUUUUUCCCUCUCUGCACAAGUGCCUUUCAUCAUGUGUAUAUUACAAGCCUUUGUUCGUCCGAAGGGAUCGUUGCCCUCAAACAUUUUAGCCGUCGUCCACUGUGAUGUCAGACUUGCUGCUCAUGUUUGCGUUUGUUGCACACGCAACACUGGGUUACCAGCGCGGCCCACUUUAUUAUGGCAGGGAUUUUUAUGUUUAUGAAGAUUUUGAUGUAAUGAUGCAAAGUUGUGGUGUAUUUCAAUUGUUUUUGUUCAUGUGAAAUAACCAUUUGAGUUGCCGACUCGCAACAGGACUCAGGGACUGUUUUUGUAUUUGUUAUUGAUUUCUCCUAUUCAGCAAUAAUUCGCCCUCCAUCAUCCCCCAACUCUUCACAAUGAAUUCCCCCCCAGAUUUUGUACAUUGAUAAAAUAUAAUUUAUUGAAUAUUUGCUGAGUUGUUUUGA